GCCCAUACACACACCCAUGCCAUGCCCGCCUACCCUCUUUCUAUGCGCAAGUGCAACCUUUCUGCUCACAGACAGAGCAUAGAGGAGAGAGAGAUAGAAGGAAGGAAGGAAGAACGAGAAUGGCGUUGGCGAUGGCCGUCAGAAGGCUUUCUUCCUACAUUGACAAGCAGCAGCCGAUCAAGCGCGGCGGUUCUCUCUACUACAUGUCGUCGUUGCCCAACGAAGCUGUGUACGAGAGGGAGAAGAAUGGCGUCACGUGGCCGAAGCAGCUGAAUGCUCCACUGGAAGUCGUUGAUCCUGAGAUUGCCGACAUUAUUGAGCUGGAAAAGGCUCGUCAAUGGAAGGGAUUUGAACUGAUUCCAUCCGAGAAUUUCACGUCUGCCUCUGUGAUGCAAGCAGUUGGUUCGGUUAUGACCAACAAGUACAGUGAAGGGUAUCCCGGUGCUAGAUACUAUGGAGGAAACGAGUACAUCGACAUGGCUGAAACACUGUGCCAGAAGCGUGCACUGGAAGCUUUCCGUUUGGACCCUGCAAAAUGGGGAGUGAAUGUGCAGCCUCUGUCUGGAUCUCCCGCAAACUUUCAGGUUUACACAGCUUUACUUAGACCACAUGACCGAAUCAUGGCGCUCGAUCUUCCUCAUGGAGGCCAUCUCUCUCACGGUUAUCAGACCGACACAAAGAAGAUUUCUGCUGUUUCUAUAUACUUUGAGACAAUGCCAUACCGAUUGGAUGAAAGCACGGGGUUAAUCGACUAUGAUCAGCUGGAGAAGAGUGCUGUACUGUUCAGGCCAAAAUUAAUUGUUGCGGGUGCCAGCGCAUAUGCUCGUCUCUACGAUUACGAUCGCAUUAGGAAGGUCUGCGACAAGCAGAAAGCAAUUUUGCUUGCAGAUAUGGCACACAUCAGUGGAUUGGUUGCAGGUGGAGUCAUCCCGUCGCCAUUUGAUUAUGCAGAUGUUGUGACGACCACUACACACAAGUCGCUCCGUGGCCCUCGUGGAGCCAUGAUUUUUUACCGGAAGGGUGUCAAAGAGAUCAACAAACAAGGCAAAGAGGUUUUGUAUGACUAUGAAGAUAAGAUCAAUCAAGCUGUUUUUCCGGGGCUUCAAGGCGGUCCGCACAAUCAUACCAUCACCGGCUUGGCAGUUGCAUUGAAACAGGCGACUACUCCAGAAUACAAAGCUUAUCAAGAGCAAGUUCUGAGCAACUGCGCCAAGUUUGCGCAGAGUCUUAGCGAGAAAGGGUACGAGCUUGUGUCAGGCGGAACGGACAACCAUCUUGUUCUCGUCAACUUGAAAAACAAGGGCAUCGAUGGAUCCAGGGUUGAAAAGGUCUUGGAAGCUGUCCACAUUGCGGCUAACAAGAACACAGUUCCCGGAGACGUAUCCGCCAUGGUUCCCGGUGGCAUCAGGAUGGGAACGCCUGCACUGACCUCUCGAGGGUUCAUCGAAGAGGAUUUUGUGAAGGUUGCAGAGUUGUUCGAUGCAGCAGUGAAACUUGCAGUGAAGAUAAAAUCGGAGGCGAAAGGGAGUAAGCUGAAGGAGUUCGUGACGGCUAUGGAGUCCAGUUCCUUCCAAUCCGAGAUUGCAAAACUGCGGCAUGGUGUGGAAGAGUACGCCAAGCAGUUCCCGACCAUCGGGUUCGAGAAAGAGACCAUCAAGUACAAAAACUAAAACUGAACAAAAAAGCCAAGGACGAGGCACCAGCUGCCUCCGCUUCCACUGCCGCUUUUCCAACCCACUUCUCAUGUCAUGUCUUGUCAUGUACAAAAAAGAUGAUGCCCUGUUUAGUAAGUAUUGUAUUGUAUUGUCUGUACGUACAUCGGCUCAUCUCACACUGCUGCCUUUGCUUACAACUCUUUGUUUUUUUAAUAAAAGAAACUUAAUAUGCCCAUUUGACUUAA